AUGCCCCCUAAAACAGUCGAGGAACAGCUUGCAGAGCUGGAAAUGGUGGCCGAGGCACCAGCUCCGCCGCUGAAGCAUGCCAAAGCUUCGAGAGUUCCACGACAGAAGCUGGAGCGAGAAGCCGACGCCUUGAAGGAGCUGGAGGAACUAGAAGCAUUGGAAAAGUUCCAGGUUGCCCGCCCGAACACACCCAAAAUCUCAUCGUCGUCCACCGCGUCGAGUAACCGUCGUGGAGCUGGUGUCGUCACCCCUUCUUCUACUGAAUCCGCGCGCACGAGUGAAGAUAGGCCUGCUCCGCCGAGGAAGUCAGGCGAGAGUACCCGGUCGUUCCACCGAAGCUUCACGCCCACGGCCGAGGAGCCCGCCAUACCAGCGCCAGAACCAAGGGAGGAGCCGAAGGAGGCUGGCGGGUCAUGGUGGGGAGGCGGAUGGGGUGGUCUGAUAUCGUCAGCUACAGCAGCUGCCGAUGCAGCAAAGAAGCAAGCAGAAGCCGCCUAUCAAGAAAUCCAGAAGAACCAGGAAGCCCAGCGAUGGGCAGACCAAGUACGAGGCAAUGUGGGCGCCUUGCGUGGCAUUGGAGGAGAGCUGGGCAAGCGCGCCCUUCCAACUUUCACAAACCUAAUUCACACGCUCGCGCCGCCCAUCUCGCAACAUGAACGCCUCCAAAUCCACAUCACCCACGACCUUAUAGGCUAUCCCUCGCUUGACCCUCUGAUUUACCAGACAUUCGCCGGUGUCAUGGCGCAAGUGGAGGGCGGCGAUCUCAUGGUCAUUCAGCGGGGCUCCGAAUCAACACAGCGUGGCUCAGUAGACGGGUAUAGAGGCGGGGGUGGCGGCUGGAAUGAUGGCCCCUGGUGGCGCCAUACAGACAAGCGCGACUUGAGUGUCAUCAAGGGACUUGUGGAAGGGACUAAGCUCGCCCGAGUGAGCGCUGAGGCGUAUGCAAACGAGUUCUUCGCCGCAAGAGGAGGCGUAGAAGAGGCAGCCAAGCACGCUACCGAAGUGCUGAGCGAGACCAACCCUGUUCGGAGCAGCGACAUUUUUAUCUCUAUACAAGCCAUCAGCUUUCCGACAGAGGCAGACCUAUUCGGUUCAUCGACAUCAGCUGAGAAGAGUGAUGUGGAGGAGCAAAAAGAAGAGGACGAGCAGGUGGCUUUCGCCGUCUACCUACACGACCCCAUCCACGGCAUCAGCUUCAAGAUUGUUACCCAGUCUUUCCCCUCAAAGUGGGUCGAGUGGCUGGACGCGCCUGCGAAUACAGAGGCUGCGGGCGAGGAACUCCAAUUACCACGAGAGAUUCAAGAGAUUAUCGAGAGCGGAGGUGUGGACCCACGUGAAUGGGUAUCCGAGUGGAUGGAAGAGACGCUCAACCUGGGCGUCGGUAUUGUAGCUCAACGGUACGUCGCACGAAGAAUGGGUGUGGGUGAGGGGGGUCUGGGAAGGGGGAAGUCGCGUGAAGAGGUUGUGGAAGCUGGUGGUGGUGAAGCGGCACGGGCAGGCAUCAUUUAA